AUGAUCAUCAUCGAGGACGACCAACUAGACACAAAGCUCGCAAAGGAGCGCGAGGCCGCUGCGCGCUACGCCAGCUCUAACCCUGCCGCCUCUUCCUCUUCUUCCACCGCACCCUCAACAAGUGGGAGUGCACCACCCUCCCAGUCCCCGUUCGCUACAUCCUCCAGCAACGCCGGCAGCGCAGAGCCGACGGAGCACGACCACCUGCUUGUCGAUUUCGCCCAGCACGGAGGGGGGAAUGGCCAGGGAAUGACGAUGGCGGUGAUACCGGAUGGCCCCCCACCGGAUUUCACGCCCUACCAAGCGGAGCACUUCGAGGUGGGCUACGACGAUGUGGUCUCGCAUGACCCGCAUUUGAACACGGAUGGCGAAGCCCUCUACCGCUUCCUCCUCGCCCAAUCUGAGAUCCCACCCACCUACCGCAUGAACUGCCGCGGCACGCACCACGAGACUCGCCAGCGAUGGGUCACCGAGCGCGACUCCGAGGGGCGCACGCGCAACCGGCGCGAGACCUACACCGAGACCGUCACCGACUUUGACUUCAACAUCGACAUCACCCCUGCCCAACUCACCCUCGCCCUACCGCACACCCUCACCUCCGCUGUGGAACGGAGACCGGCGCAUAUACACUGGUCGGUGCCGGACGACGAGCCGGCGUACCGCGGGAGGAUGGUGCGCGAGUACGAUGAGGCGCCUGGGUUGGUAGUGGGCGGUGGGGAACGGAAAGGCGGGAAGAGGACGGCGAAGAGGAAGGAGGUGAAGGCGUAUAAGAAGUGGCUGGAGCGGAGGGAAAGGCUUGGGUUCCCGCCGUGGAUGCGCGAGGCGGACGAGGCGGCGGGGAUGGGCACCGGCGUGGACGGCGCGAUGGUCGCCCCGCCCCCUGAGGGCGAUGCGCUGAGGAGCUCGAAGACGCUCAGACAGUGGGCGGAUGAGUACUGUCAGAGUCAGAAGACGCUGAAAGAGUUUGUGUACCAUAAGGUCCUCUACGGCUGGAACAUCCAGCAAAUCGAGAACAGCGUGCGCGCGACCAUCCAAGGCGCGCCCUACCACGGCACCAUCGCCAUCAGCUUCACCCCGCACCACUCCAAGAUAUACAUCCGCCCCGACAACUGGGUCUCCCGCACGCUCUCGAACAAGUGGCUCAAGUUCCUCUCCAUCCUCCUAUGCAUCUACCCCUUCAUCUGGCUGUUCAAGCGCUUCCACUCACGCGGUGGCGGCCGGUGGGAAGUGUGUGGCGGCGCGUACCCGCUAAAGCAGUGGGUGCCGCUCGAGGCGGGAGAGGUCGCCCCGGACGUGGGUGUGGAGGACUUGGAAGGGCUGCCCUCGUAUGCGGCCGCGGCGUAUGGGGAUAGCAGCCUGAGCACAGGGGGCGGGCUGGUCGUUACCCGCAGGUCGAGCAGGUUCAUGCAGACGACCACUGGGCCGAAGAAACUCGUGGGGCUCAAGGAGGGUGAGUGGUUUAGGAGCUGGGAGGGAGUUAUUACGCGGGCGGUCAUUGGGAGGUAUCAGUCGUCUGUGCCGAUUCCACGUACGAACUCGGAGGCGAGCGCGUUGGAUGGGUAUAAUGAGACGCUGGUUCGAUAUUGA